AUGGCCCGAGUCCUAACCCUCUCUCGCUCUGUUCUUCAUUGGAGCCCUCUACGGGUCAGAAGCAUGUGUUCAGUAGAAGAGCAGGCUCGUGCCAUCUUUGCUGCUGCUGUAGAGGGAGUGCAGCCGGACAACAUAGUGCGCAGAGCUCUACAGCGUCAGGGCGAUGAGCUGGUGGUGGCUGAGCACCGUUUUGAGCUUCGUCAUAACCUGCAUCUGGUGGGUUUCGGGAAAGCUGUGCUGGGGAUGGCUGCAGAGGCAGAGAGGAUUGUGGGAGAUCACCUGGUUCAAGGGAUAGUUAGUGUGCCUCAUGGAAUCCAGGAAACACUGCAACAUCACAGGAAGCAGAAUAUGCUGCUAGACUCCAGCAGUAAAAUCAAGGUGAUGGAAGGAGCUAAACACAACCUGCCAGACACAGAUGCCCAAAGAUCAGCAGAGAGCAUCCGGGAAUUAGCAAGCAGCUUGACUGAGCGAGAUCUGCUGCUUGUUCUCAUAUCAGGUGGUGGUUCAGCUUUAUUACCUGCCCCAGUCCCUCCAGUAACCCUGCAGGAAAAACAGGAAGUGACACGUCAUCUAGCGGCUUCAGGGGCUACAAUUCAGGAAUUAAACACAGUGAGACGAGCCUUGUCUCUGCUGAAAGGUGGGGGUCUAGCACGUUGUGCACACCCUGCCCAGGUGGUGGGUCUGAUUCUGUCUGACAUCAUUGGGGAUCCAGUAGAUCUUAUAGCCAGUGGACCGACAGUAUGGAGUGAGACAUCAGUGGAGACAGUUUGGACCAUACUGAACCGCUACAACCUCUCUGCCACUCUCCCCUUAUCUGUGAAAGAGGUUCUGAAUCAAAUUGCUUCCCAACAGGAAAGCAGCCUGAAGGAUCAAACACAGCAAGUCAACAUUCUAAAUACUGUGAUUGGUUCCAACACUAUUGCUCUGGAGUGUGCCAGCCUUAAAGCAAAAGAGUUAGGCCUUCGACCAGUAAUUAUAUCACCAGGGGUGUGUGGUAAUGUUCAAUCUGUGGCCCAAUUCUAUGGUUUGUUGUCUUGCUUCGCCUGUUCUGCAGGGAAGAAAUCUACAGAGCUGAGAGAUCAGAUUCUCAAACUUGGGCCAGAGGUUGGGGUGAGAAGCUGGGAACUUUGCCACACAUUAAAUAAAUUGGAAAUGGGCUGCCAGGAAAGCUGGCAGGCCACAUGCUUGCUGGCUGGAGGUGAACCCACCGUCCAUCUACUGGGGAAAGGUAGAGGUGGAAGGAACCAAGAGCUAGCCCUGAGGGUGGGGCUAGAACUCAGCAGGGCAACAGAAAAUAGCAUGACCAUGUUCCUCAGUGGUGGAACUGAUGGUCAGGAUGGACCAACUGAAGCAGCUGGAGCAGUUACUGAUGGGAACAUAGCAUCAAAGGCCAGAAGUCAAGGACUGGACAUUGAUGAAUUUCUUCAGAACAACGAUUCAUUUACAUUUUUCUCGUCUCUAUCCAAAGGGCAAAAUUUGCUUCUGCCAGGGCUUACCGGUACCAAUGUAAUGGAUGUUCAUAUGCUGAUUCUGCCUCCACUCCCAUCACCACAAUAACAAUAAUAAUUCCACUCGUUUUGAGAUUUGUCAUGAAGUUUAUGAAAAAUAGGCUAUUAGGAUUGAGAGGAUCAAACGUUCCUAGUGCCAUCUAAAUAAGGUUAUUUUCAUAAUAAAGCAUGUUACAUUGUU